ACAUGGUGACACUGGACGGCGAGUCGGUGGUAGUGGCGGCGCCGGCGCCCUCCGGCUCCACCUGCAUCUCGGGCUGGCGCACCGCCGCCGGCUCCACGGACAUCGGCUCGCCAGAGGCGGCCGCCGUCGGCUGUCAGCAGAAACACAACACAGCUCAGCAUCCUGUCUGGUCACCUGCAGCCGUUUGAGCCGGCCAUUACGGAGCUGGCCCUGCCGCUCACCAUGGCCACCAUGCAGCUCUACCAGGCGAUUGUGAGGCUGCUGCCGCCGACGCCGUCCCGCUUCCACUACCUGUUUAACCUGCGCGACCUGAGCCGCAUCUUCGGCGGCCUGUGCCAGACCAGUCCGGAGCGGUUCACCAAGACCAAGCAGAUGGUGCGCUGCUGGCGCAACGAGUGCCUGCGCGUGUUCGCCGACCGACUGAUCGAUGACCAGGACUUUGCGGUGGUGUCUGGCCAGCUGGUGCAGCUGAUGGCCGAUAACGUCGGACAGCACAGCGACGAAUGGACCGAGUACGUGCUCCGAGACCCCAUCCUGUUCGGCGACUACCGAAACGCCCUCGAGUCGGACGUGCCGAGGCUCUAUGAAGACAUGCAGGACUACGACGCAUCCAAGGCGCUCUUCCAAGAGAUAAUGGAGGAGUACAAUGAGCGCGGCAACAAUAAGCUCCAGCUGGUGCUGUUCGACGACGCGCUGCAGCACCUGACUCGGAUCCAGCGGGUGCUCAGGAUGGUGCAGGGCCACGCGCUGCUGGUCGGCGUUGGAGGAUCGGGAAAACAGAGCCUGACCAAGCUAGCCGCCUUUACUGCAGGUGUGGGGCUGCCUUACGACACAGUGUCCGAGCUAUCAAAAUUCAGCAGUUUUAUAGUUCGUUUUUAAACAGUAGUGCAUGCGACAAUUUAAAAUACCUGUAAUCAUACUUGUUAGUGGUUUAGGUAAGGAUAGGUUAUUAUUAGUAUUUCACUUAUUCUUCUCAAACUCUCAAGUUAAUUAAUUUACUCCAAAAUUGUUUCUAAAACCUGCGACAUAUUUUGCGUUUGUCACCGGACAAGAUACAAGCUUAUUUGCACUGUCAUGGAAUAUAAUAUAAGAUGGGUCUCGGCCGUCUGAUGGGUACAGUCGGCAACACUUAACCAAUCCAAGACUUAUGCUUGGUCUGACGUGAUGUGCCGUUAUACGAAGUUAUACGACGAUGUACAGGGGUCAAGGUCAGGGUCAAGGUCAACCUAGGUCAUCUAAGAUAAUUGCGUUUUAGGCAAGCUGAAUUUACUUUUUGUGAAGUUUUUUUUUACUGCAUUUUUGGUAAAAGCUUCUCAGAUCAUGAUUUCAUGUAAUAUGGACCCAAAAACAAUCGGUGCACACAUCAGUAUACACACAGACACACACAGACAUACAAACACAUAUAAUUGACCUUGACCUAACUUGACCUGAAAUGACCUCAGCAGCAAAAUUCUGGUCGGGUAGUGUGACAAAGAGGUUCUAGCUGGCUUGGCACCAGAAAACAGCAUCAUCAUCGGUAUCUGAUAAGCAGCACACUUGAUAUUCAACGGUGACCCAAAACAGCAACAUUUUUUAGUUUGACCUGACCUGGAAGGUCAAUGACUGACCUGAGAAGGUAAAACUGGGUAUCAUUGGAUUCGUCUCUUCCCAAAGAAUCUUUUUGGUCUUUACUGCUAAGCUCUAUCUCCAACAGGAACGAAAUGGCGCGGGGGGGGGGUGGCAACCCCCCCCCCCCCAUGUGCGUUCUAGGAUGGGAAAAUGGCAUGUGCGGGCGAGGGCUAGGGGAAGGAGGGUGAAUUGCGCCACCUUAAGGAAAAACGCUAAUUGUAAGAAAACCGCUGGAGAUAUAAGCAUGCACUGGUAACCAUUUCAAAGAGGAACUCAUUAGCUACGAUUUAAGAGCCUCCCGAUCAAUUAAGAAUGUUUCGUUUGCUUCUGACAGCUGCUUUUUCAGAAACAUGCAAAAGGGCGCAUUUGCCAACAACUGCUGUAAAUUGCGCCAUGGGGAUGGCGCAAUUAGAACCCAAUUGCGCCCUAUACUUUAACAUGGCUAAGCGAAUGAGACAGAGUGCAUACACCCCGGCAGUCUAAUGUCAUUGCGGCUUACUUUAACAUUCAUAAUGUUAUUUACGCUGGUUAAAUAAUAAAUGUAGGUGUUAAUCGCGAUGUUUUUUUGCCCAGGUAGAUAACAUUACACAUGUGUCCGUACGCUUGUAAAAGUGUAACGAAAACGUUUACUGUAACCGACUAGAUAUAUGGGAACGUAUGCGCCUAUACGGUUACAUUUUCAAUCGUUUCUCUCAAAAUUAGUAAUUUUUAUCGUUUCGACAGCUUUAUGACAUCAAUUUUUACUUUUUUAUCAUAGCUGUCACCUCUCACGCCUGAGUCCAUGUUGAAAAUGUCGUAUUUUGUCAAUUACACCACAAGUUCGUAGCCUAAAUGGCGGCUACAUUUUAAGUUUGACGAGAGAAAUAAUUUGCGGACUGACGACAGCGGUUUGCUCCCCUGCCUGACAUUAAACUCCUUCUUUAUUGCAAUCAGUUAAUGACGCAUUCAUACUGUUGUGAUACAAUAGCUACACCAUUAUUAAAUUAAAAAAA